GGCAGGCGAGCUGGCGGUCUGGAGGAGAGCACAGCCCCGCAGUAGAGAUUUCUGCUGUGAGAAUUACCAGUAACCGUUCACUAUGGGGGAUAUCCUGGCUCAUGAGUCUGAAUUACUUGGACUAGUGAAAGAGUACUUAGAUUUCGCUGAAUUUGAAGACACCUUGAAGACAUUUUCAAAAGAAUGCAAAGUAAAAGGAAAGCCACUAUGUAAAACUGUUGGUGGGUCAUUAAAGAAGGACUCCAAGUCGCUGGUAAUCCAGAAGGAUUUGGUGUCAGCGUUUGACAGUGGAGACCAGAAGAUGUUCUUUGACUUGUGGGAGGGGCAUGUUCCCAGCUCCAUCAGAGACACUGACUCCCUGGCCCAGAAGCUGGAAUUCUACCUUCACAUCCACUUCGCCAUCUACCUUCUCAAGUACUCCGGAGGCAGGCCGGACAAACAGGAGCUAGAUGAGAGGAUUUCUUAUUUCAAAACCUACCUGGAGACAAAAGGGGCUGCCCUGAGCCAAACUACGGAGUUUCUUCCCUUCUAUGCCCUCCCCUUCGUGCCCAAUCCUAUGGUCCACCCCUCAUUUAAAGAACUCUUCCAGGAUUCUUGGACUCCAGAAUUAAAGCUGAAGCUGGAAAAGUUCUUAGCUUUAAUUUUUAAAGCCAGUAACACACCAAAGCUUUUAACCAUCUAUAAGGAGAGUGGACCGAAUAGCAAAGAAAUGCUGCAGCAGCUCCACCAGCAGCUGGUGGAGGCCGAGCGCCGGGCCAUGACCUACCUGAAGCGGUACAAUAAGAUCCAAGCCGACUACCACAACCUCAUCGGAGUCACAGCCGAGCUGGUGGAUUCUCUGGAGGCCACAGUCAGUGGCAAGAUGAUCACCCCUGAGUACCUGCAGAGCGUCUGCGUCCGCCUCUUCAGUAACCAGAUGCGGCAGAGCCUGGCACACAGCGUGGACUUCACAAGGCCUGGGACGGCCUCAACCAUGCUACGAGCCUCCUUGGUACCUGAGAAGCUGAAGGAUAUCCCGCUACUGCCCUCCCUGGAUUAUGAGAAACUGAAGAAGGAUUUGAUUUGGGGGAGUGACCGCUUGAAAGCCUUCUUGUUGCAGGCUCUGCGCUGGCGCCUGACCACGUCCCAUCCUGGAGAGCAGAGGGAGACAGUCCUGCAAGCCUACAUCAGCAAUGACCUCUUGGAUUGCCACAGCCACAACCAGAGGAGCGUGCUGCAGCUACUGCACUCCAAGAGCGAGGCUGUGCGGCAGUACAUGGCCAGGCUCAUCAAUGCCCUGGCAUCCUUAUCUGAAGGUCGCCUCUACCUGGCCCAGAACACAAAGGUACUGCGGAUGCUGGAGGGAAGGCUCAAGGAGGAAGACAAGGACGUCAUCACUCGUGAGAAUGUCCUUGGGGCCUUGCAGAAGUUCAGUCUCAGGCGUCCUCUGCAGACGGCGAUGAUUCGGGACGGCCUCAUCUUCUGGCUGAUCGACCUGCUAAAGGACCCUGACUGCCUGUCUGACUACACGUUGGAGUACUCCGUGGCGUUGCUCAUGAACCUCUGCCUCCGCAGUGCAGGAAAGAACAUGUGUGCUAAGGUGGCAGGUCUCAUGUUGAAAGUUCUUUCGGAUCUCCUUGGCCACGAAAACCAUGAGAUACAGCCAUAUGUGAAUGGAGCCCUAUACAGUAUCCUCUCCAUCCCGUCCAUUCGUGAGGAGGCCAGAGCCAUGGGAAUGGAGGAUAUCCUGCGAUGCUUCAUCAAAGAAGGCAGCGCCGAAAUGACCCGCCAGAUAGAGUUUAUCAUCAAGCAGCUGAAUUCCGAAGAUUUGCCGGAUGGUAUUCUUGAGUCUGACGAUGAUGAAGAUGAAGAUGAUGAAGAGGAUCAUGACAUCAUGGAAGCUGACCUGGACAAAGAUGAACUGAUCCAGCCCCAGCUUGGAGAACUCUCAGGCGAGAAGCUUCUAACCACAGAGUACUUGGGAAUCAUGACCAACACGGGGAAAGCACGGAGGAAAGGGCUGGCCAGUGUGCAGUGGAGUGGGGACGAGCCUCUUCGUCGGCCAGUCACCCCUGGUGGCCACAGGACAGGGUGCCCAGUGCUAGGAGACCAUCUCAUUUCUCCCCAGAAUGCCCAACAAGCUAGAAACCGCUGCCUGCGGGCCAUACCCGUUGCUCAGCCAGAUGACUACAAAGAGGGCAAGCCUGGUGUUGCUGGGCGUGGCACGUCCUCUUCAUUUAUGGAUCACAAGCCAAGAGAGUGGUUACCAGCUGGACAUCAGGAGUCUCACUUGAUUCCCACAGCAGCACUCAGUUGGCCAAGGGAGAUGAUCCAGGACCCAAGCAGUGGACGCACCACCAGGGAAUUCACACCAGCCUUCACCUGCAAGCCCUGGGUACCCAGUACUCCAGAGACCAUGGAGCAGAACGCACUCAAGGCAAAAGCAUUGUCUCUGGCCCCUCAGUUCUCUUCAAGUGGCCCCCAACAGGCCAGCCGCCCGGCUUCCACAGCGUCCUCCACGAGGGACCUGCACAGCAGCCAGUCCUUCAGGAAAUGAAGAUGGCUUCCUUCCCAAGCUGUGACCAUCACGUUGUCUGAGGACCCAUCGGCUUCCGGUUCUCCACCAGCCAGCAGCUGCAGGUGAUGGAUGUGAAGAGACACUUGUCUCCAAGAUCCUGGGUGACCGAGGAUCCCAGGCGUGCCGGCCCUCCAGGCUGCCCAGGAGUCGAAGCCCCACUGUGUGGGCAUCAUCUCCUCAGACUGAGCCAAGGGAAGAGGGUGGGGGGGUCUUGACUGCCCUCCUGGUGAGCGGAGGGUUCCUUGUCACCUUUUGCACCCAGAGGAGAAAAAGGGGUAGACUUUGAUAAGGAUGGCAAAUUCUGGACUCAGCUUCCCUGGCCUUCAUAGAUUCCAGGCUAGACACAAAGCCACUCCAGUAAGACAGUAUCAUCCAGACUGAGAAGGAUGCGCCAGAGGAGUCUUUUCCCAAGUGCCUGGCCAGAGUACUUGGCAGCCCCUCACCUCUCAUGUGAACCAACCACAAGCAAGGAAGGAGGACAGGAAGCCCCCAGUCUCAAGGCAUGAGCUUUAGCUGCCUCUAAACAAGUGGUUCUCAACCUGUGGGUCUCAAACAACAGGAUCGUACAUCAGAUAUCCUGCACAUCAAUAUUUAAGUUACAAUUCAGUAAGAUUACAGUUAUGAGGUAACAAUGAAAAUAAUUUUAUUUUGGGUUGAGGUCUCUACAACACAGGGAACUCAAUUAAAGGGUCACAGCAUUAGGAAGGUUGAGAACCACUGCCAUAAACCUUGCUAAAGGUUAUAAAU